AUGGAAACUAUCAAAAAACAACUGAUCGAUAUUUUACCAUAUGCAUCCACAAAUGAUGGUGUGAAGAAAUUAUUCAAUGAUAAUCUUCAAUUAUCAAUUAACGUCGUCAAUGAGUGUCUGACAUUGGAUGAUAAAUAUUUAGCCGAAAUAUUUGGCAAAGAUAAAUAUAACACAGGUUUCAUGAUGAUUACAAAAUUAUCAUUACAUUUAUUAUCAAAUAUUAAAAAUUUAAAAGUUUUAGAAUGUGAUCAUUUAUAUAGGAUUGGAUUAUUAACCAUCAAAAUUAUGCAUAAUGAAUACAUUUACAAAUCUAUGGAAAACUUUUAUGAUGUCUUUUUUCGAUAUAGAUUUCAGUCAAAUAAUAUAACCGAAUGUCUUUUAGAACAUAUUCAGAACAUCACAGAUUCAUCAUUAAUUCGAAUUAUUUGUUCAUGGUUAGAUAUUGUAGUUCAUUAUCAACGUGUCAUCAGAAAAGGGAGCGUUGAUUUGGAAUAUAGUUAUUUUGAUCCAAGAAAAAUCAUAUCAGAAUGUAUUAUUAAACAAAUAUAUAAUUUACCAAGUAAUUUGAGAUUACGUGGAUCAUUCUUAUUUUAUUUAACAUUUAUACCAUAUCCUCAUAUAAAUGAUGAUGAAAAACUUGCAUCAAUAUGUCGUCAACAUAUUCUUUCACAAAUGAAAGAUUUAAAUGAAUGGACAUCAGACACAGUACAUUGUGUUAUGGGAAAUAUCUGUCUGAUUACAAAACAUUACGCUAAACAGUUUAAAGAUGAUAUAGAAUAUUCUCAAUCGUUAUUACGUAUUGUUACUCAUACAAAAUUUCAUCAAUCAUUAGUUUCAACAUGGACAAAUGAUAAGACAAUUUUAAUUCAUACAAUUAUAGAAUAUUUUUAUGAAAAUAUUGAUAAUAAUGAAAAAAUGAAAGUUAUACUUAUUAGUGGUAUUGAUCAACUUCAAAAAUUAUAUGAAAAUAUUAAGUGUGAAUCUACAAAAAUGAAGCUCUGUUAUUUAAUUCUUGUAUCAACAAAUGAAGAAAGUAAAGUUUCUGAUACAAUUUUAUUGGCAUGUUUCCAGUACAUUAACAAUCUAUACAUAAUAACACAGAACCAAGACACCAAACCCAGAGAACAGUAUGAUUUUUUACCAGUAUUAAAGAAAGCAUGUCGUUAUGAUUCAAUCAAAGAUGCCAUCAUUAGAUUAAACAAGAUUAAUGAAUUAGUUGAUUUAAUUCGACAUCAUUCUGAUGUUGUGUGUGACAUACUUGCUCUUCUAUCGACAAAAUCUGAUGCUCAAAAAAUAUUACAAACAAAUCAUACGUUUUUUUGUUAUAUGGCGUCCAGAAAUUGGAACGAUCAAGUUGCACUAAGCUGUAGUAAUACUGAGCUUGCUAAGCGUAUCAAAACUCAUUUACAAGAAUCUUAUCAUAAUAUAUUAAUUUUAAAUGAAUGCAAUGAUGAUAUGGAAAAAGAAAAGCUUAUCUUAUCAUGUGAAUUUAUGAUUGUUUGUUUAACUAACGAUUACCACGAAUUUCAAUCAGAAUUAGUUCUUGUUUAUAAAAAUCAAAUAACGAUUGUACCGAUUGUCUUUGAAGAUGAAACAAAAUAUUGCCCAGAAGAACCAUUUUUGAAAUUUUUCCUUGAAAAAUAUUCAUCAUUAUUGAUUCGCGCAAAUAUCAAUGAACUAAGCAAUUCAUUAGCACAUCAAAUAGAAUCUGCUCGGCAGAUACACGUGCAACUGUUCCCCUCUUCUUUCAAUACCAUCAACAACUUAAACGAGCUGAUUGCAGAUUUAGUUAAAUGUACUGAUACGGCUAAAGAUUUAUAUAAAGCAUGUAAAGAAAAUGAAAUUUCCAAAAUGAAAGAAUAUCUUCAAAACAUCGAUAUUAGGAUUUUAAAUGAACGCAUAUCAAAUGGAAGUACAUCAUUGCAUAUAGCAUCUUACAAUGGUCAUAAUGAAAUUGUUCGAUUACUUCUUAAAGCAGGUGCAUCACGAACUAUACGAAAUUGGCCAUAUGAAUUAACACCUUAUGAAGAAGCGCGAACACAAAGUACGAAGGAUUUAUUUCGAAUAAAAUUAGAUCAAGACAAAUCGGAUCAUUUUAUCAAUAAUGAUGUUUACAUUGAAUGGAUGACUACUUCUCGAAACCCUGGUCAAAAACGAACUUAUCUUCGAGAAAAAUUGAAUCAAUUAAAAACAUAUAAAAAUAAUAAUGUUGGUGAUAUUUAUAGAGAACUGGUAGAACGUAUGUAUGCUUAUAUUGAUACGUUAUCUCUUACAAAUAACAUGAAACAAAUCGCACAACAAUAUUUCGUAGAAAUGCGAGAAACACUCGAUCCAGUUUAUAUUAUCAAAGCAUAUACAAGUGGAACUGGUUUUCAUAAAUACUAUAAUGAAUUUAUCGCUCAACAUGCUAUUGAUUUCUUCGAUCCAUUUAGUAUAGAUAUUCAUAUUGAUUAUAGUAUAGUCAAAUAUCUAACGACAAGUAUUGCUAUAAUUAUGUAUAGCGAAAGCUUUUAUAAAUAUCGAUAUUGUGGACAAACAUACCGUGGAAUGACAAUAACUGAAAAAGAUUUAUAUAAAUAUGUUGUCAAUUCAAAAAUAAUGAAUAAAUCAUUCUUAUCAACAUCAAAGUCAAAAGAAACUGCUGAAGUAUUCAGUGGUUGUGUACAAGAACAAUUGCCAAUACAAACACUUAAUGAACAAGCAACUGAUAUUGCCGCAUUCUGUACUUAUAUUAUCAAGAAUUCCGAAACAGCGUUAGAUCUUGAAAAAAUAUCAGAAUUUGGAGAAGCUGAAAGUGAAGUUUUAAUUUUACCAUUUUCAAUAUUUGAAGUUAAAAGUGUUCAACGAUUAUCAACAAAUAAAGUUCACAUCGAAUUAGAAGAAGUUUCUGAUGAAUUUUCUUGA